CUUUCCAAGCCAAUCCGAACGAUGAAAAGAAAACACAGUGACAUGCUGAGUGAUGAAACCAGCCUCCCCGGUGACACACUCAGUGACGAUAUCAUACCACAAAUUCAAUAAGGCAUAAAGCGUGGCAGCUAUGAAUAUAACUAAGCGUAUCUAUCUAUAUAUAUAGUAAUAUAUAUAUAGGAAUUGAGAUCAAUUUGCAAGCAAUUUGGACAAAGAGAAACCAAAAUGGCCUCAACGCAAACUCAUCAUCUUAUUCCUCAUGUCAAACUUGGAACCCAAGGGUUUCAGGUUUCAAAAUUGGGAUUUGGGUGUAUGGGUCUAAGUGGUGCCUACAAUGAUCCUCUUCCUCAACAAGAUGGCAUUUCCGUAAUUAACUAUGCAUUCAGUAAAGGAAUCACUUUUUUUGACACCGCUGAUGUUUAUGGAGACAAUGGUGCUAAUGAAAUUUUGCUUGGAAAGGCUUUAAAAAAACUACCUAGAGAAAAGAUUCAAGUGGCUACAAAAUUUGGUUUAUCAAGAAGAGGUGUUUCUGGUAAUUCGAUCGUCAAGGGUAGUGUUGUCGUCAAGGGUUCACCGGAUUAUGUGCGCUCAUGUUGCGAAGCUAGCUUGAAACGUCUUGAUGUUGAAUACAUUGAUCUCUAUUAUCAGCACAGAGUGGACACAUCUGUCCCUAUUGAGGAUACAGUAGGUGAACUUAAGAAACUUGUGGAAGAAGGAAAAGUCAGGUAUAUUGGGCUAUCUGAAGCUAGCCCAGAUACUAUAAGGAGAGCGCAUGCCGUUCAUCCAAUCACAGCUGUACAAAUAGAGUGGUCUCUCUGGACUCGUGACAUUGAGGAAGAGAUAGUUCCUCUUUGCAGAGAGCUUGGUAUUGGAAUUGUACCAUAUAGUCCUCUUGGUCGUGGUUUUUUCGGUGGCAAAGGAGUUCUGGAAAAUGUGGCGGCAGUUAGCGGCCUGACUGCUCAUCCUCGCUUUCAAGCCGAGAACUUGGAAAAAAACAAGAGCAUAUAUGAUCGAAUUGAAAGUCUAGCCAAGAAGCAUGAGAGCACUCCUGCUCAGUUAGCAUUAGCAUGGGUACUCCAUCAAGGCCAAGAUGUUGUGCCUAUUCCUGGAACAACGAAAAUUAAGAAUCUGGAUCAAAACCUUGGUGCUUUAGCAGUGAAACUAUCUGAAGAGGAUCUGAGAGAAAUUUCUGCAGCUGUAGAUGAUGUAGCAGGUAGUAGACACUACAAUGGACUAGAUCACUUGUCGUGGUCCUCGUGGAAAUCUGCUAAUACACCUCCUAAAGACUCAAGGGUCUCAACCUAAAAUAUAAAUCCCAUUUAGUUGGAGAAUGUACCGAGUCAUGAAUAAAGCGCAACAAGGUCGUUUGAAGAUCUUGUUGCCUAUAAUGAUAAAACUUGAAUAUGAAUUACAUUGUUGAUAGUAUCUUUUACAUCUUUCAAACAACUAUAAAGUCAGUUAUGUUCGGAGACAAGCUAAUCGUGUUGUUCACUCUCUUGCGAGGGUGUCGCCUUCUUUUGCUAGUCCCCAAGUUUUUUAUUAUAUGGCUUCUUGUAUUUCACACAUUAUUAUUAAUAAAUGAGUUAAGUGUUCUUCCCAAAAAAAAAAA